UGUGCAGGCAGCGCUGCACCACGGCUGACACGAUCUGCGCAUUCCAAUUAAACGAUCCGUCAGAGCCUCCAAGCAUCUCUCACAUCGUCGACACUCGUCUUAGUCCCUCCCGGCCAAACCAACACUACCUUCCCCCCCACGCACACACACAACCACCACCAAGAUGAAGUUCACUCCUGUUGCGUUUGCCGGCCUUCUUGCCCUUGCCAAGGGCCAGGAUGUCAUCGACGACGUCAAGUCCAUCGGCGAGGACAUCGUCUCCGACAUUGGCAAUGGCUUCAGCGAUGUCGUAGACAACAUCCACACCGAGUUCGAUAACAUCGUCUCCGAGGUCACCGGUGGCGCCGCCUCGUACUGGAGCGACAGGCUCGCGUCCGUCUCCGCCAAGUACGACGACCUUCUCGAGUCCUACUCGGAUAUCGCCGCCACUGCCUCUGGCGACGCCGCCGCACGUGUCACCUCGCUCAUCGGUGAGGCUAGCGAGGCGGCCAACGAUGCCGCCUCCCGGGCCAGCGACGCCCUCGAGGACGCUGAGGACAACAACGACGACAACAACGACGGUGGUGACGGCGAGGACGCUGGUGUCAUGCAGGUCGCUGCCCUCGGCCUCGCUGGUCUCGCCGGUGGUGUCGCCGUCUUCAUGAACUUGUAAACAACAGCAACGAACCAACCAAUGGGAAAUUCAUGUAUGGAUAAGAAGCUAUGCAUUGCACAUGAGGAUAUCAGUGGAGUUGAGGUAGCCAUUUAAUACCCCCCAAUAGCAAACUGCUGCGCAGUUCAUAACGGCCUUUUUCUGCUAUCGAGUUAAUAUACACUCUCAAAGUACCAAUCAACUACCUCUACUGUGAGCCCAUAAAAAAACGCCGUACUGCUAUGCCUAUGCUUUGGAAUACUCGUGUUGGCAAGGCGUGUUUGAAUACUCACUGCCUCACUGCUUUGCUCUCGUCUCCCCCCAUAACCGAUCUAUAAUCUGAAAUGUGGCUGUGACAUUGCGCAUUGUCGCCUCAUCGGCCUG